GAGGAAAAGGAGGAGGAGAAGGAGGAGGAGCGGGUGCCGCCAUGCCAGCAGGGAGGAGCCCUGCGCCCGGCUUCACGUCACGGCGGCGGCUGAGGGAGGGCGAGCGGCGGUGACAGCGGCUGAGGCAGCGCCGGCCCCGCCGCCGCCAUGGGCAUUAAAUUCUUGGAAGUUAUUAAACCAUUCUGUGCGGUUUUACCUGAAAUCCAGAAGCCAGAAAGAAAGGCAGGUUCAGUGGUUGGAGGCAGAAAUCUCUUGCUUCUGCUGGGUCUGUCUUGUAUGUUAGUUCAUGUCUCCUUUUAGUAGCUGCUGUGCUCUUGUCUGCAGAGAACACGCUUCUCCCAGGGUUUACAGUCCGUGGAGGAGAGAUCCAGUUCAGAGAGAAGGUGCUAUGGACAGCUAUUACACUCUUCAUUUUCCUAGUAUGCUGCCAGAUACCUUUGUUUGGAAUCAUGUCAUCAGAUUCUGCGGAUCCUUUCUAUUGGAUGCGAGUCAUUCUUGCGUCAAACAGGGGUACGUUGAUGGAAUUGGGUAUCUCCCCCAUCGUGACAUCUGGUUUGAUCAUGCAGCUGUUAGCUGGAGCAAAGAUCAUCGAAGUUGGUGAUACGCCGAAAGACAGAGCCUUGUUCAACGGGGCUCAGAAAUUAUUUGGGAUGAUUAUUACCAUCGGGCAAGCCAUUGUCUAUGUUAUGACUGGGAUGUAUGGAGAUCCUGCUGAAAUGGGUGCUGGGAUUUGUCUGCUUAUUAUAAUUCAGCUGUUUGUUGCUGGCUUGAUUGUGCUGCUGUUAGACGAGUUGCUACAGAAAGGUUACGGGUUGGGGUCCGGUAUUUCCCUAUUUAUUGCUACCAAUAUCUGUGAAACCAUUGUCUGGAAGGCUUUUAGUCCCACUACCAUCAACACUGGCAGAGGAACAGAGUUUGAGGGUGCUGUGAUUGCCUUAUUUCAUCUUCUGGCUACGCGAACCGACAAAGUCCGCGCUUUGCGGGAGGCUUUCUACCGACAGAAUUUGCCCAAUCUCAUGAAUCUGAUUGCUACAGUAUUUGUGUUUGCUGUCGUCAUAUAUUUUCAGGGAUUUCGUGUUGAUUUACCAAUCAAGUCUGCACGGUAUCGUGGACAGUACAGCAGCUAUCCUAUCAAGCUCUUUUAUACCUCCAACAUUCCCAUCAUUCUGCAGUCUGCCUUAGUUUCGAACCUCUAUGUUAUUUCUCAGAUGUUGUCCGUUCGUUUUAGUGGCAACUUCUUGGUGAACUUAUUAGGACAGUGGGCAGAUGUCAGUGGCGGUGGCCCUGCUCGUUCUUACCCUGUUGGUGGCCUGUGCUACUACUUGUCCCCUCCGGAAUCCAUGGGUGCAAUAUUUGAGGAUCCCGUCCAUGUCAUAGUUUAUAUAAUUUUUAUGUUGGGAUCCUGUGCGUUCUUCUCCAAGACUUGGAUUGAGGUGUCUGGUUCCUCAGCAAAAGACGUUGCCAAGCAACUCAAAGAACAGCAAAUGGUGAUGAGAGGCCACAGGGACACUUCAAUGGUUCACGAGCUUAACAGGUACAUCCCUACAGCAGCUGCAUUUGGUGGUUUGUGCAUCGGGGCCCUUUCGGUUUUAGCUGACUUCCUAGGAGCCAUUGGGUCGGGCACCGGCAUUCUGCUUGCAGUCACCAUUAUUUAUCAGUAUUUUGAAAUAUUUGUAAAAGAACAAGCAGAAGUUGGAGGAGUAGGUGCGUUAUUUUUCUAGAUGUCCAAAUAUUUCAUGGUUUUGUGUGAAAGGGAAAGUAUUUUGACAACAUGCGUCACUUAGUCCAAUAAUGCUCUUUUCUUUUUACUUGUUUUAAAGUGCUCCGUGUCCCGUUACUGUAACGGGCAUCGAGCCAUGCCUGUGUGCAGCAUCAGUACCAGCUGCCUUAAGAAUAAAGUUUACAUUAUCUCGUUUAAGUAUAUCUAGUGUUGCCUGUAAUGCUGGAAACCAAUUCAUCUACCUUGCUGUUGAAACACUACAGUGAGAUGGUAAAAUGUAUCAGUUCGAUGUUGGUAAACAUUUUUGCACAGUAUUAAAAUGUUAAAUUUAUUUCCGAGUCCUUAAUAGGAAAAAAAAGAAAUCUCCAUUCAGAUUGCCACGCGUCAGUAUUCUUAACGAAAUUGAUUUGUAGCCUGUAUUUUACAUUAAUUUUUGUACUUUUUUAACUUGCAUUUCCCCAUCACUGAACUCAGCACUCGUUAUUCCUUUGCGGUGUCUCCACCCAGGCACCUUUCUUUAGCUCUAAGGGUGGACGAGCAAACGUUUUUACCAGAGACUGAUACUCAUCUCACCUGUGCACUGGUUUGGUGGUGGGUUUGCUGCAUCACGGGGACUGGGGCACUGCUGUUUCUUGCCCUGGGUUUCCUGUGAGACAGCGUGUGGUAGCUGCUGUCACGCUGGCAAGUCAGCCCGGUAAUUUUGUUUGAAACAUGUACUUGUGAAAACUGUGCCACUGAAACUUCAUGUCCACUUUGCUUUCGUGAGUCUAAAGAGCAAGGCCUGGUUCCUAAAGCAGUGUUCAUAGAAGGGAAAGGGGGGGGGAACGUGGAGUUCCUGCUGAAAACUUAUUUAUGUUGUCGCACUUUACAGCGGCAAUGUAAGAAGUGUAAACGUUAGACAAUAAACUUAUUUAAUUAAGCUC